AUGGAUUGCAACACUGAACAGCGGCUUCGCGCCAAGCUUGCCUACUCAUCUCCAAGGAUUCGUGUUGCCUCUUCUAUGCCAAAAGCCGGACGACCACCAUCGGACGUCUGGGCAUGUUGGGGCCUAGUCGGAGAUGGAGCUGGUGGCUACAAGUCUCGCUGUCACCUUUGUUCACAUUCCGAGCACGAAGGUCGCCAAUACCAACUUGCCGACAAUCAAGGCGAUGUUGACGCAACAACGUUGGUCGACGAGCUAAGAGGUGCUAAGCACUGGAAGGAUAGAGCAGAGGAGCUUUGGGUCGCAAAGUUCGGAAAGCCAGUCACAAAAGCUAAGAACAGGGGAAAGAGCUCUACAGGACGACCAGCUGAAGAGAUGAGUCGUUCAACUGGACCAUCAGCAGAGCCGAUGGCGAAGCGAGCCAAGACCAACCCUCCUCAUGACUCAGAACCAUCAAAAGACCAGGCCUUACCCAUCGAAAGAAACCUAUUGGAUGACCCCCUGAAAGACAAAGAGUGCCUUAAGAUGUGGCAUGAUCCACGUCAAGAGAUGGAUGAUGAACAGCUCGAGCGAGUGAGGUCACUACUUCAGCACAGAGUCAGAGCACGCCAGCCUCCACCACUACGCCUCCUCCAAGAGGUACGUAUAUCUGUGAAAUAUCUCUUGGAUAGAGGUAUGGCCACGAAUUUCAACACAGUCUACGCCGAUAAAUCAUGGCGUAAGUGGGUUGAUGAGCAUGGGUCGAAAGACGAUGCCCAGAAAACUUCCACCACAGCAAAGCCAAUAACGUACGAUGUGUUCCCUUCCCUGCGGAACCUGAGUAUUGAUGAACGACGCAACCAUGCCAGACGACUCCGAGAAGAGCUGUCGCAGCUUAUUGCAAAUGACGAGUCGGUUGCGGAAUAA